AUGGCCGGCGAGGGGCCCGCCUCUGCAGCGGCGGGGGAGCUGCUCGACCGGUCUCUGCUUCUGCUGCUGCGGCGGUGGACCGCGUCGGCCGGCGCUCUUACCGAGCUGCUGGGCGCGUGGGACGCGGUGCGCGCCGGGAUCGUGGCGCCAGCGCUCGCGGCGGCAUCGGGGGCGUGCCUCGCCAUGUCAGCCAUGCUGCUCGCCGAGGCCCUGUUCAUGGCCGCCGCCAGCCUCGCGCGGCGCCGGCCCGAGCGCCGGUACCGGGCGGAACCGCUCGGCGCCAAGGACGGCGAGGACGAGGAGAGCGGCCUCCUCGGCUACCCCAUGGUGCUCGUCCAAAUCCCCAUGUACAACGAGAGGGAGGUGUACAAGCUCUCGAUUGGGGCAGCGUGCGGGCUGUCCUGGCCGUCGGAUAGGAUCAUCGUACAGGUUCUGGACGAUUCCACGGAUCCAACGGUCAAGGAUCUCGUGGAGCUGGAAUGCGAGCUUUGGACUAAGAAAGGCAAGAAUGUAAAGUAUGAGGUGAGAAACAAUCGCAAAGGAUACAAGGCUGGUGCAUUGAAAGAGGGGAUGCUGCAUGCUUAUGUCCAACAAUGUGAUUUCCUCGCUGUAUUUGAUGCCGAUUUCCAACCAGAAGCCGACUUCCUCAUCAGAACCAUCCCAUAUCUUGCGCGCAAUCCACAAAUUGCUCUUGUUCAAGCACGCUGGGAAUUCGUUAAUCCUAAUGAAUGCCUGAUGACAAGGAUACAAAAGAUGACACUAGAUUAUCACUUUAAAGUAGAGCAGGAAGCAGGCUCAUCGACCUUUGCCUUCUUUGGUUUUAAUGGAACUGCUGGUGUCUGGAGAAUUUCUGCCAUCAAGGAAGCUGGGGGCUGGGAUGAUCGAACCACAGUUGAAGACAUGGAUUUGGCAGUCAGAGCAGGCCUGAAAGGAUGGAAAUUUGUCUAUGUUGGCGAUGUUAAGGUAAAAAGUGAACUACCAAGCAGUCUUAAGGCAUAUCGUCGCCAACAACACCGUUGGACAUGUGGGGCAUCAAAUUUGUUCCGCAAGACGGGAAAAGAAAUAUUGCUUACUAAGGAAGUGUCAUUUUGGAGGAAGCUUUAUUUGCUAUACAGCUUCUUCUUUGUGAGGAAGGUUGUUGCUCAUGUGGUACCUUUCAUGCUGUACUGUGUAGUGAUCCCACUAUCGGUGCUAAUUCCUGAGGUCACAAUUCCUGCAUGGGGGGUGGUCUAUAUUCCAACAACAAUAACCCUUCUAUACGCCAUUAGAAAUCCAAGUUCUAUCCACUUCAUACCAUUCUGGAUCCUCUAUGAGAAUGUCAUGUCAUUUCACCGAACAAAGGCGACAUUUAUUGGUUUGCUGGAGCUCAGAAGCGUAAAUGAAUGGGUGGUCACGGAGAAGCUUGGCAAUUCAAGCAAAACAGAGCCUGUACCUCAGAUACUCGAAAGGCCUUGCUACAGGUUUUGGGGCAGAUGGACCAUGUCGGAAGUUCUGUUCGCCAUGUUUCUUUUCACUUGUGCAACCUACAACUUGGUGCACGGACCUGACCUAUAUUUCAUCUACAUAUAUCUACAGGCUAUAACAUUUCUCAUUGUUGGCACUGGUUUCUGUGGAACAUCCAACUCAUAGCAGCCAUAGUAACUGAUCCAAGAAAAGGAACUAUUCACUACACACAUGAUGUGACAACCUCAUUCAUCAGGGAUACUUUUUGAUGUAAUAACCUUAUUUCAUUGCCGUGAAUACUGUCAAGGAUAGGGUGCCUGUCUUUUUAGAAACAGGUUCCCCUGCUAUUGUAAUUUCCACUUAUCUACAAUGUAAUUCCCAUGUAACCACGUUCCACUGUUGUAUUAUUCUUCAUACAUUAACUAUGAUUGUGCUGUCUACACCA